UCCUCCUAAUAAAGCACCACUUUCAAUGCAUUGCUUUAAACUUCUCUCUCUCUCUCUCUCUCUCUCUCUCUCUCUCCCCUUACAUUUUGUUCAUUCACCAAACUGUCCUUAUAAAACCAAAACUCAACAACAAAUUUGAACAUACACACUAGCAUUUCACCUAAACACUAUUCUCUCUCUCUCUCUCUCUCUCUCUCUCUCAACUCUUCCAUGGAUGCUUUAAACUUCCUCAAGUUCUGGAAGAACAACACAACAACCUCCAACAUCACUGUUCCUCCUCAUCUUGUUGUAGAAACAGACAGUGAAUCAGACGAAGAUGACUCAUUCUUCGACUUAGAACUUACCAUGAGCGACGACCAACAUGUCAAAACCAAAACUGAAAAUAAUGUUCCUCAAAAAACAACACUUCCUAUGUCUCCAAACGAACCAAUCUCAAAAAGAAAAGUGCUUCCAAUUGAACCCAUUUCUAAACCUCAAUCACCCAUUUCACUUCUAAGAUCAGCACCGAGUUUCAGAAUCUUUACCUUCAGAAAACAAAGAAGAACCGGUUCUGAAAAAACAGAGGAAUUUAGAAAAACAGAGUGCGAAAAGAAUCAGAAGAAAGAAACCAAAGUUUUUUCUGUGAAACUAAACAUCGAACAUGAUUUUCAUUCUACUCCAAUGCUUAGUAGAGAUAACAGCACAAGAAGCUUUGGUAGCAAAAUUCGGAAUCAAGGAACAGAGGAACCUAAAACAGAGCGAGUUUCAAAGGAGAUUUUGCAGAAAUAUUUGAAGCUGAUUAAGCCUCUUUAUGUUAAGGUUUCGAAGAGGUAUGGUGAUAAGGUGAAAUUCUCCGGCGAGGGGAUGACAGUGACAGCUUCACCGUCGUCUUCACCGGCGGUUGGCUCUUUGAGGAAAGAGAAACAGGGGAGUUUUCCGGCUGGGAUGAGAGUGGUAACGAAGCAUUUGGGUAAGAGUAGGUCAUCGGGUACGGUGGCCGGAGCUAGUUCUCCGGCGAACAGGAGUGAUGAUACGUUGUUGCAGCAGCAUGAUGGAAUUCAAAGUGCUAUUCUUCAUUGCAAGAGAUCCUUCAAUUCCAGAGAUUCUUCAAUGGGUGUUGAUGCUGACGGAUCAAUGUAUUCGACAAGAAACUCUUUUGAGGAUGAAGUGUGAUGUAUUGAACUCAACAUAGAAAGAAAAUAGAGAGAAGAGUAAUGAAAAUGUUUGUUAUUGUAAAGGAAAUGAAAUUAGAUUAGGAGUGAUGAUUAGUAAAAUAGGUUUGUGUGGUGGUGACACACACACACACAGUGUACAUUAGAUGGGCCAUAAUGAAAAGAAUGAAUCUAUUUUCAGUUUCAGUUGAUAUGGGAUCUUUUUUUGGUCACA